UUUGCAUGGUAGAAGUAAGCCGUACAACGCUUCUCUCGUGCGCAUCUGUCUCUCGAAAUUUUUCAAGCCAGCGAAUAUCGUUGCGAUUAUUUUGCGCCAUUGUCCGCAUUGCGCACGCUAGACAGGUCGAGCGUAUAUUUCGCAUCGGAGAGUACGCGCCUUCAGCCUCUCUGAGCCGAUACAAGCUCUCUAGCCCGCAUUGCGUUUCGCCUCAUAUUUCGAUCCACGUCAAUGGAGGUCAGGGCGUUGGUUCACAGCGCACCACAAUGGUUGGCGCCGCAGAGUCGCUCUUCAGACACAUAGAAUCCUAUCAUUUUUGCAUUGUCACUAAGAGCUCGCUGGCGAACGUAUCAGCUCGACAACAAAUGCGAUAAUUGCGACGAGCGACGCGCGUUACAUCACCCCGCCGGCCAUCUGGAUCGUUAAAAUGCCAAGAAUAGAUCCACAACAAUUGCUCAAUUGUCUCCAAGUGCUGCUCAGUCCCACUGGAGGCAUCCUUUCCAGGAAUGAAGUACAAAGGCUCGCCAAUUUGAUGACAAAAUUUUCGAAAAAAUUAGUCAGUAAAUGCAUCUAUGUGCUGAUACUAAAAAACACUGAACGGCAAUUAUUGGGCUCGUUUAUGGGUGAAGGUGGGUGGAAUCUGAUCCACUCGUGGUUGCAAGAUGCGCACGUUAACAAGAAUUGGGCGCUCGUUGCCGAAGUGCUCGAGCUGCUGCUGCUCACGCCCGUGGACGUGGAGCGGCUCAAGAUGAACAACCUGCCGAAGCUGGUCAAGGGUCUCUCGAAACGCGAAGACCUUCAAGGUAUACAACAAUUGGCUUCGAAUUUAGUCGAACAAUGGCUGACUAUAGUCAAGGAUGUCACUAAACAAGAAGCGGCAAGUCAUCAGCAUCAACAACAGCUGCAGCAACAAGUUGUGAUACCUGCAGAUCAACUAAUAAUGGCGGGCGAUGAUCAAUUGACGCUCGACUCGACGGUGACGAUGUUGCUAGAGUCUAGUAACGACCCGGAGCCGAUGGAGAUUGACGAGACGAUUAGCAACGACGCCAAUACGAUUGUCAGCGAGAAUGGCGUCGAUACCUCGCUGCGAAUCAAAUUUGUGAGGGACGGAAAAAAAGUGAUUAGUCGGAUUGUAGCGGUGCGGACUGAUAGCAAUGCGACGGAUGAUGCCAACACAGAGGCUGCUGCAAUACCGCCAUCAGCAACUGCUGAUGACGUUGACGCAGUCGCUGCGGUGGUAAAAACCGAAGACAGUGAAGGAACUGAUAAAGAGAAUAGUGAUAAAAAACAAUCUGUGCCUAAAAAAUCUAGUUCUAGUUCAAGUAGUUCAAAAACAUCAUCAUCUAGCAGUAGUAGAGAUAGAGAUAAGGAUAAGGAUAGGGAUAGGUCUAGGGAUAAGAGCAAAAGCAGGAGUUCCAGCAGCAGCAGCAGCAGCAAGAGCAGUAGUCGUGAUAAGGACCGCCGGGAUCGCGAUAAGGAUCGCCACAAACACAAUGGUUCAUCAUCCUCCUCAUCAUCAUCCAAACAUCGCAGCAGUAGUAGUAGUAAAUCAAGUAGUAGCAGUAGUAGUAAAGACAAGAAGGACCCCAAGGAUAAGGAGAAGCAAGCUGAGAAGGACAAGGAUACGCUGGCGAAGAUCCAGCCGCAGACGCUGGCGAAAAUAGGCAGGAUACCUAAGAAGACUGAGGAUUCCAAGAAGGAGCCGAGGAAAACCAGCUUUUCGGUGGAGGUGCGCGAUGCCAACGAGGAAAAACCGAAGACUGUGAAGGUUUACAACUCGAAGAUGCGAUCCACUGGGUUGCUGGAAGAAGCAAAACCACCACCGCCAAGAUCAGCGACGAAAAAAACCGCUGCACCUCCAACGCUACCAGCGACAAUCCCCACGAAGCGAUCGUCACCUAUACGCGACACGAUACCACCGCCAGAGAAACGAUCGCGACUCAUUGACGCCGACAAGGGCAUCAAACUCAUCCCGCCGAAACCCAAACCUGCUGUCCUCCAAGAAAGCGAUAUAUUCAUGGACGCGCUCACUGCGUCCGCCACAGCGAAGAAAGAACCGAAAAAACGCAAACGACGCACCAGUACAUCCAAAGACUCCUCACCACCGCCAUCACCUUCGAAACAAUGCACGCCCGCAUCACCCACAGGCUUGAAAAACAUCACACCUGCUAAUUUCUACCAGGACACUCUGGUAACAGACAAUGAUAGCGAAACGAAAGAAAAAUCCGAAGAUGGCGGUGAUGCAAAAGAGAAAACUGAUGAUAAAGAUGAAGAUAAGGAUAGUUUAGGUGCGCAGCCAGCUGAGCCCGAUGAUAACACAAUGGAGGAGACUACAAAGACUGAUGCCAAUGGUUUGAAGGGUGUGCUUUCGUAUGGUAAACGGAAAGGACCCAAGCGGUCAAUCCGCUGGCGCCCUGAUGCCGAUCUAGUCGAAGUGCAAUACUUUGAACUGGAUGAAACCGAACGGGUGAAUGUCAUGAAGCCGUUUAUGGAUAUGCAGCGCAUGGAGAUGGCUGGCGAGCGUGAAGCGCACCGCCAACGGAAACUACCCAGUGAGGAUAUCAUGGACACGCAGAUGCAAUGGCGGAAUCUAAUCGAAGUUGAAUGUUUACCACCUCCAGCCGAGUUUGGGUCGAAAAGUCUCGAGAAAAGUAUUCAAUUCGCAAGGGAAAAAACAGUCCUACAAGCGAUUUAUUUCAAUCGUGUGCCGGAUACACCUGCUGAACCUGAUCAUGAGGUUCACACGAUGGUCACGGCGAUUGUCAUUCCAUUGCAUGAUCCCGACCAGCCCGAACAAGACGCGCCGAUACAACCGUGGCCCGAAGCGAAGGGAUCCCCGCCGCAUAUUAGUAAUACCCCAGGGUUGUUUAACAAUGUGCAACCGCCGCCGUUUCUACAAGCGCCCAAUGCCUUCCCGCCGAAUGGUCUACCGCAAUUUGCACCCGCGUUUGUCCCUCCUGGUAUGCUCAAUCGCCCGCCUACCGAUUGGAAUAUUUUAUCCAAUGGCAUCCCGACCAAGUUUCCUCCUCCUGAUCUAAUGCAACAGGUGCCGCCGUUGUUUGAUAAUUUCGGCGCGAAUGGCCCCGGCGGGGGUGGGAUGGGUCCAGGGGUACCUCCGGAUGGGUUUGUACCACCGUUUCAAAACGGUCCUAACCCAAUGCCACAAAUGUUCCCGCCGAAUAAUUUCAAUAAUAACAACAUGCGUGGUCGCGGUGGAUUCCGCCGUGGUGGACCUAAUAAUGGUCCAUGGUUGCGAAUGGGUGCGCCUAAUCAAGGUGGCGCUGGCGGAGGGUGGAAUAAUCAGGGGCGGGGACGCGGGUUUUGCAAUAGUUUCAAACAGAAAGGCUAUUGUCGAAAUCGCGAUAAUUGUCCGUACAUUCAUUGAAUUUGAGUGUGUGAUGUGUGCAAUUUUGAACAUUUGACGUAUGAUUGCACAUGUUUUAAAAACCAGACCGCAACCUGUGAUGAUGAUUUGAUGAUGUGAAGUGAUUCAAUUAUAGCUUCCGAUCGCGACGCGAAAAUAACAAUGUGCACGCUGAUAAGGAUGUUAUUGUUUAAAAAUGCGCACAGAGUGUGCGCAACGCUGCGAAACUAUUUAUUUAUAUUUAGUUUUGCUGGUUUUGUACACUCUGUGUGUGGAUGGAGCUCGACGCACGUUCGAGCCACCACGGUUCGCGUUCAAAUGCAUAGCGUUAUCUAGUCGUUUGUAAACUAUCGCGUGUUGUGCAGCCAAGUCGCCAAGUUGAAAUUACCACACACAAGUAGAGAACUCAGGCGCACAAUUUGGCAGGUAUAUCGUCAUUACAUCCGCAAUUUACAACACACACACACACAUGUUGUUUAUAAUUAGUAGGAAUACGUUUGACUGUGAACGCGCGCUUGCUGCAAAUUUUAUACCACAAUACUAAUAAUUGAUAUUACUAUUGCUAAGUGGAAAUCAUUUAAUACGAAUCAUAUACAUAUUUGAAUAAUUGCGAGUAUAUUUACACUUGGAGGAUGAGAAUGUGUACAAAUUUAUUUGUUUAUUGUAAUUGUAUGGUUGUACAGAUGCGGAAUCAGUGAGGUGGGGUGUGGAGCCUGUAGAUUUUUGUACAUAAGCGCUGGAAAUGCUUAUAUACUGUGUAUAAACGGCCCGGUUCAGAUUACUUUUCGUUCGGUGAAUGUGUUACGUUCGCUGAAUAUGCAUAUUAUGUUGAAUUUAAUUUUUACGAGUAUUGGUAAUUGAGUUUAUUAUUAAGAUGAUUGUAUCUGCGAAGAGUCUCACAUGGAAAAUAGGAGAAGUGAGAUCCUGUGUAGAUUUUAUGUAUUGAUUCGAAGGAACUGUAUCAUUACGAUAUUAAAAAUGCAUCUAUUUGUGGAUUAUUAAUGAA